ACUCAAGGUCAGAGUCAGCAAAUCCUCCUCUAAAAAUAGACUCUAGUUGCAAAGUUGGUAAGAUUUCUUUUGUUGGUUCUGCUGCACUUCACAGGACCCAGCUACCUAGAGCAGCUACCUAAGCUUACAGUUGCUGGCACAUCCUGAGUGCACUACUCCAUGGACAAGAUGUCAUCAGCAGGUUUGAAUGCUGGGAAGAAAAAUGCAUACGCAGCAAUCAAAGCAGAUCCUGAUGAGGAAUACUGUACCCCAGGUGCAUUCGAAUUGGAGCGACUCUUCUGGAAAGGAUGCCCAAAGUACACUCACGUCAAUGAAGUCUGGCCCAACCUCUACAUAGGAGAUGAGAAAACCGCGUUAGAUCGCUACAGCCUUGAGAAGGCAGGCUUCACCCACAUCCUCAAUGCGGCCCACGGUCAGCGGAAUGUGGACACAGGACCAGAGUAUUAUCACGACAUGAACGUGGAGUACCAUGGAGUGGAAGCAGAUGAUCUCCCCACUUUCAAGCUCAGCCAGUUCUUUUAUUCAGCUUCUAAAUUCAUUGAUAAUGCGCUUCAGGAUGAAAGAAACAAGGUUCUGGUUCACUGUGCUAUGGGUCGCAGCCGGUCAGCCACAUUGGUCUUGGCUUACCUGAUGAUUUACAAGAACAUGACAGUGGUGGAUGCCAUUGAGCAAGUAUCAAGACAUCGAUGCAUCUUGCCAAACCGGGGCUUCUUGAAGCAGCUGAGAGAACUGGACAUAGCGUUGGCACUGCAGAGGAGGAACGCCAAAAACAGCCUACCAUCUGAUGGUGACAAGAACAGCACCACAAUCUAGUAUUGUUCCCGGCAGGGUUGUGCUACUGGAAAAGAAACUCCAUAAAAGGAGAUGAGGGGAAGGUGUAGUUAAUUACACAGUCACAAGGAUAAUUUGUUAU